CUGCUACGUGUUUACAGCGCCGCUCUCCGCUCUGCACCAGAUUUCACCGACUUUGCAAAAUUUUCUGCGUUUUUAAGCCUGUCAACGCCUCAAACUCUGCCAAAAGCAAAGUCCACAUCGACCUGACCCUCCAGUUUCCACACACUACCGCAAACAUGACCAAGCACGAGUUUGAGGUGGCCAUGACGUGUGAGGGCUGCUCUGGAGCGGUCACCAGAAUCCUUAACAAGCUCGGAGAUGAAGUGAAGUUUGAAAUCGAUUUGCCCAAAAAGCUGGUAUGGAUCGAGUCGGAGAAAGAUGUGGAUUUUUUGACAGAAACCCUAAAAAAAUGUGGGAAGGAAGUCAAGUACAAUGGACCCAAGUGAAGGAGCUGCUAACGCCUAACAGACAUUACUCAUUGCUGAAGUGUGUACAUCUGACCUGAUCACCUCACUCAACGCACAACAGCGCCCCCUGCUGCUUCCUUUAGCCUUUCUUCACCGUUUGCACAGGUUCAUAAUGAAGGCAUUUUCCCUGUUUACAAUUGAAGCCAAACCACACAAUUGACCGAUCGGUGCUAUCAAAUCACACUAUAAAAUUACACAAAAAAUUAUUAUAUUCUUGCAGUUUUAGGUCAAUAUUCAUUGAACUGUUAAAAUAUAUAAAAAAAUCAAUUUGACUGUUUUUUUUUUUCAUGUAAACAUUGUGUACCCAGACUAUACUGUGAAAACAUGAUUCACAAAUAAACUACAGCAAGCUUAGAUGUCCAAAAUCACUUCUUAGUCUCUAGAUUUUUACUUGAUAAUUAAUUAAGUUUAAAUUCUAAGCACUGUACCUGAUUUUUGCAGUCUUAAAAAAUGAAAACCGGAGCUCGUUCAUUUGAAACAGUUUGCAGCACUUCCUGAUUAUCAGACAAUAAAAUGCUUUAUAGUUUAUUCAGACCACAAGAUCUGCUUAUACAAUAUAUCUGUACUGGAACAAGGCACAUUUUGCGCAAAGCUUUGGCAAUUAAUGGUGUACUAUGUAACUUUUUGGUUGGGUGUCACCUGCUUCUUACUAUGGAGAUGUCAAUACUCUGCCUAGAAUGUUCCACAGUGUGACAUUAAACAAUUCUACCUUACAUGUAUUCAAUUACAGGUGGUUUUAUAGCUCAAAAAUACCUUGAAAAACAGGCAUUGUGACAAUGAACAGCGUCGCCUCUCCACAGAUCUGACCUGGAACUUGGUCUAGUUUGAUCUCCAUGAUGAUAGAAAGGUUUAAUGCCAUACUGUGAAACAUUCCAGACAGAAGAUUUUAAAUAAUUCCUUAAAAUUGUGAAUUUAAUAGGGACUAAAAAAAUAAUUUGCUAACUAGAUCUGUUUAUGCCUUUUUAUUUAAAACACGUAAUUUCCUGCUUCUCGGAUCAUUUACUUGACACAUAUUUGUUUUUUUUCUGCUGUAGUCUUUUAUUUUUCUUUACAAUCAACUUAAUUUAGACAUGUUAAUCGUUGUAUCAGUGAAUGGGAGAAAAGUAAUCAUUUGUUUUGUGAAAUAAAUGAUGAAGAUUCA